GGCGGGUUUUACGCCGUGGAGACGGCCGGCCCCGGAAGUGACGCGUUUCGUGGUGGCCGCUAGUGGUGUCCCCACGUGUAGGCGGCGGCAGGGGGGAGCGCGGUGUGGCGGAUGUACCCGGGCGGCGAGUUCGGGCCCGACAUGAACCCCUUCCCCUGGUACCCGCCGCCGCCGGGGCUCCGCCCGCCCGUCUUCUGCCCGCCGCCCGCCUGGGAGCCCGGCUUCUGGGCGCCGCCGGAGAGCUACGCGCCGCCCGGCGCCUGGUACCCGCCGACGUACGGGGAGCGCCCGCGGGGCCCGCAUGCCGGGGGUAAUGGCAGCUUCCCGCAGGAGUGGCAAGGCGAGCAAGCGCCGGGGUUUUAUAAACGCUCUCCGGGUGGAAAUCACAAGCAAAAGCAGAACAAAAAGAAAAAAGAGCCAGUUUUCUCUCAUUAUUGUGAUACCUGUGACCGUGGCUAUAAAAACCAGGAGAAGUAUGAUGAACAUGUUUCACAACAUACACAGUGCACAGAAGAAGGUUGCAAUUUCAAUGCACAUGAGAAGCUAGUGCAGAUACAUUGGAAGAAUGUGCAUGGUCCUGGUGCCAAAAAAAUAAAGUUAGAUACUCCAGAAGAGAUUGCUAGAUGGAGAGAAGAAAGAAAAAAAAAUUUUCCUACUUUGGCAAACAUUGAAAAGAAGAAGGUGAUGCAAAUAGAGAAGGAAGAAAGGGGAGAAGUGCUGACUACUCCACAGUUUGGCAAAAUGAAGGGGAUGUGGAAAGCUCCAGAAGAUGAGGAGAGGUCUGGGCAGCAAGGAAGACAGAAGAAAAAGCAAAAACGCCAGUUCUGGAAGAAGUUUAAGAAAAAUGGUGGAGGUGAUAAUGUGCCAUCACAAAAAACUCAAAAUGCAGCUAAUGGACCAGAAAACCAUGCAUGUGAGAGAGAAGAUGAAAAACAGCCUGCUUUGGAGUCUCAGGCAUGCAUGGAGGACAUGGACCCUCUCAGUCUACUGGCAAACAGUGAUGUUGAAUCCGACAAGGAUGAAGCAGCUGCUGAAGACGGGAAGCUGGAAACAACUGUUGUUCCCAAGCAGGUCACCUCGGCCCUGAGUUCGUUGUCGGCCAACUAUGGCAGUGCGUCUGAGAGUGAGCCGGAAGUCCCUGUCAAGAUUGUAGCAAAACUUGAAGAAAACCAGGCUGUGCUCAGAAAUAGGUCUCAAGCUACAAGUGUUCCUCAGAAUCCAAAUCCGAAUCAAGAAUGUGCGGAAUCUACAAAUACAACGUUAAGGAGCUCGAAUUCAAAUGGAGGUCUUCCCAGAGGCCCUGAUAAAUGGGGGAAGAAACCAUUACCUCUUCUACCGAAGCGGCGUCCAACUCUCCUGGAAAUGUUACUAGCCCAGGACAUCCGACAUGAAAGGAAUGUGAUUUUGCAGUGUGUUCGAUACAUCGUCCGAAAUGACGUGUUUGGACUUCAUUUAAAGACAGAACCAGCAGCUGAAACGGAGGCUGGUCAGACCUCUAAAACUACAGCACAAUUUUUGACAGACAAACUCAAUGGAUCUAAUUACUCUUGUAGCUCUGACCCUCAGUUACCAAGAGGAGAACAAGAUGCAUUAUUAACAGCCCAGAGUGAGAAAGCACCUGUAGAUCAGACAUCGCAGGUGCCUCACUCGGCAGAUGAGGAGACAUGGGAAACGCCAGCAAUUCAGUGUGAGGAAGCACUGUAGAAAACAUUGUGGAAAAUACAGCAAAGGCUCAGCUUUUCUACCUGACUGACGUUUUUUGAAAGACAUUAGUAUAACAAAGUAAUAAUUAAAAAAAGUAUAUUGAGAACUGUUAAAAACACUUUUCUAAUCUGUCCUGCGUGAGGUGACCUUUUCCUUGUAAAAAUGGCAUCCAUAUUGAGUAAUUGCUUUUCCCCCAUGCAUGAGAAGUGGCAGUGGCACAGAACAUGGUCUUCACUAGAAUAUCUGCUGAUCCCUGCUUUUGAGCUUCAGAAUUUGGAGCCCCUUACCUUCUUAAGAAGAAACAAGUCAGAAUUUAAAUCCAUUGCCAGAGUGAAGUAGUGUUUGGAUAGAAGGGUUCUCCCCCAUCUGAAGUCGUAGCCUUGAGUGUCUGGAAGUAUCUGAGUUUCUGGAAGUAUCCGAAUGUAGUUUUGAAACAAUAAUUCAGUGUCAUUUUGUUUCAGCUAUUAUUGAUCUGAAGUAUAAAACAAAGAAAUGAAAUGAAAGAAAUAACUGACCUGACUCCAAAAGUACUGCCCCUCCCUGAACUAAUCUUAAUCUGUUAAUUAAGUGGAGAAAUGGAAAGACAGUAAGGAUGUGAAGUGAUGCAAGAAGUUUUUUUAAAAAAAAAAAAAAAAAAGAUGGGGGGGAGUGGAGAGUAGAGUCAAUAGCUACCAACUGCUUGUGUCAGUGCUAAACUGUGUGUGGUUUUGGUGUUUUGUUUUGUUUUUUUUUUUACUUCAGGCACCUUGGUUAAACCAUAGGCCUUAACUGCUGUUGUAGGCAUUUCCUGACAGAUGUAAUUCUUGAAGCAAGCUUAUUGUUGAGAAUAAUUUAAUUUAUGGAAAUUUUCUAAACUUAGUUACUUGUUUGUCCCUUUAUUUUUUAUAAGCAUUGGGAAUUUGAGUUGGCCUUCUGGAAAAAUGUCUUCCUUGGUAUGUUUUUAUGAUGCUCGUACAGCAUCUAGUGAUUUUCUUCCUAGAAUUGUGCAGUCAUUCAUUCUUCUGUGUGGUUGCACAUACGUGAGCUGUUUUUGAACCCUGAAAAAGCACCAGCUAAGGUUUAGAAACAAGUUAUGUCUUUUGAUUACACUGUGCAUUUGUUUGUCAGAAUCCUUCUUGUCAUGUGCAGGUGUGAGUUUGUCACAUUGACACUGAAAACGUGUCGUGAAAGUAAUCUAUAGUCAAAACCUCCACUGAAGAGUAAUUCUCCGCACUUCAUCUUUUAGUCAUGGUUAAAUGUUGGAGUUAAAUUGCCUUCUCAGGGAUUGAUUUUAUUUAUUUUCUUCUUUGAUAGAAGCCUAGCCAUCCAUACCACUGCCUAAAAUAUGAAGAUUCACAUGGGGUUUUUAGUUGCCUAAUAACUGUAUUUACUGUCCUCUUGUUCUUUAACUUUGCCAUUUAUAUGAUGAUGCAUCUCACUUGCGGAGUGCAGAAAACAAGGAAUAGCUGGCAAUUCUGUCCCACUGCUCUGCUAUUUAUAGUUAUAACUGCAUACUGUGUUUGUAAUGCACUGUCUAAAUUUAUGGAAUUAUAUAAAUAUCAACACCCUUGUAAAAGUUUUGUGUUUUAAGAAUGUACAUGUAGAAUAGAUUGAAGCAGCAAUCAUAAACAUUUAUGCUUCCAA